UGGAGUGAGGAUCUCCGCUGCGCAGGCUCGCUGCAAUAUGACUGUGGAUGAUUGUGUGUAAUACCAAGAACUCGGUCAAGCCUUGUGAAAACCGUGAACAAACGUUCCUUCUACUCGUGAUUUGCAAGUGAAUAUGCUGAAUGUAAGGACAGAGGAAACCUGCGGCUGAAUAUCAGUAGAAGCUCACAGGUUUCGUUGGAGAAAGUGCUCGCUUUAUUCUAGUGGGAAAGAUAUAUUAAGGAUUCUGCAGUUACUUAUUCUGAGGACAAUAUGCCUCAGACGUUACCGCUGACAGGCAUGCUGGUCUCCAGUGGUUACAACCAGAACCAGAACCAGACCAAGGAAGAGGGACUGUAUUACCAUGACAACACCCUGGUGUCCGGCUCGCUUGAGGCCCUCAUCCACCACCUUGUCCCCAGCAUGGACUACUACCCUGACAGGACAUACAUCUUCACCUUCCUCCUCUCCUCUCGUCUGUUCAUCCACCCCUACGAGCUCAUGUCCAAAGUCUGUCACCUGUGUAUGGAACAGCAGAGACUGAGUGACCCUCAGGCAGACAAGAUGAGGAUCAGGAAGUUGGCUCCCAAGAUCCUCCAGCUGCUUCAGGAGUGGACGGAGACGUUCUACGACUUCAGAGACGAGAGGAUGAUGAGGAGCUUGAAGGAGCUGACCCAACGCCUGUCCUCAGGGGACGAGCUGUACAGGAAGGUGGUUCACCAGAUGAUUCAGGUCCUAAUCAGGAAGCUGACUACUCUGAGCCAGUACGAGGAAGCUCUGGUCAAGAUCAAUGCUACGGCUACAGACAGACUGACCGUGCUCAAGGCCAAGCCUCAGGCCAUCCAGAGGGACAUGCUGUCCAUCUGCAAUGACCCCUUCACCAUGGCCCAGCAACUCACUCACAUAGAACUGGAGAGACUGAGCAACAUCGAACCAGAGGAAUUCAUCCAGGCUUUUGAGAAGAAAGACCUUCUGGACAAUGAUAAGAGCUGUUUCAGCGACCAGAAGAAGGCUAGUAGCCUGGAGGCAUAUGUACAGUGGUUCAACAGACUCAGCUUCCUGGUGGCCACAGAGAUCUGCAUGCCCGUAAAGAAGAAGCAGCGAGCGCGAGUCAUGGAGUUCUUCAUCGACGUGGCACGGGAAUGCUUCAACAUCGGCAACUUCAACUCCCUCAUGGCCAUUAUCUCUGGGAUGAACAUGAGUCCUGUGUCUCGACUGAAGAAGACCUGGAGCAAAGUCAAGACAGACAAGUUUGACAUCUUGGAGAUCGUUAUCCCAUUCUUCAGCCUACUGAUUAAAGAUAUCUACUUCCUGAACGAGGGAUGUUCCAACAGGAUGCAGAAUGGGCACGUUAACUUUGAGAAAUUCUGGGAGAUGGCGAAGCGGGUCAGCGAGUUCAUGGUUUGGAAGAAGGUGGAGUGUCCUUUUGAGAAGGACCGUAAAAUCCUCCAGUACUUGCUUACCGCACCAGUUUUCAGCGAGGACACUCUAUAUCUGGCCUCUUAUGAGAGUGAAGGCCCUGAGAACCACAUGGAGAAGGACAGAUGGAAGUCUCUGAGAUCCACUCUGCUAAGUAGAGUCUAGAGCUUCUGAACAGAACCAUGUCAAACCCAUCUGACAACCAAGCCUUACCCUGCGGUGAUGUCCAAAUAACAGUGUCCCUGUUUGGAUGGGAAACAACAAUCUGAACUGUACUAUUCAGCAAGGCGGGAUCUUUUUCUGUUCCGUCCGCAGUCAAGGAUUUCUAGCUAAGAAUCCCUCCAGUUGAUUGGCUCUUCCUUCACACUACGUUUCCAAGGACAGCUUUUUAUUUUUUCCAUCUCUUUUGUAUGAAUUUUGUAGCCUUUUAUUAAAGAUGCUACGACCAUCACGACUGAGAAGAUGGGGGGGGGGGGGACCCGGGGGGGAGAUGCUUUUUGUUGUUGUCCUUUUGUCGUCUGCUGAAAACCUUAUUUUUUUCCCCUUCUUUUUGUUGUUGAAACACACCAUGUAUGUAUUCAGGGUGAAACACACCAUGUAUGUAUUCAGGGUGAAACACACCAUGUAUGUAUUCAGGGUGAAACACACCAUGUAUGUAUUCAGGGUGAAACACACCAUGUAUGUAUUCAGGGUGAAACACACCAUGUAUGUAUUCAGGGUGAAACACACCAUGUAUGUAUUCAGGGUGAAACACACCAUGUAUGUAUUCAGGGUGAAACACACCAUGUAUGUAUUCAGGGUGAAACACACCAUGUAUGUAUUCAGGGUGAAACACACCAUGUAUGUAUUCAGGGUGAAACACACCAUGUAUGUAUUCAGGGUGAAACACACCAUGUAUGUAUUCAGGGUGAAACACACCAUGUAUGUAUUCAGGGUGAAACACACCAUGUAUGUAUUCAGGGUGAAACACACCAUGUAUUUAUUCAGGGUGAAACACACCAUGUAUGUAUUCAGGGUGAAACACACCAUGUAUGUAUUCAGGGUGAAACACACCAUGUAUGUAUUCAGGGUGAAACACACCAUGUAUGUAUUCAGGGUGAAACACACCAUGUAUGUAUUCAGGGUGAAACACACCAUGUAUUUAUUCAGGGUGAAACACACCAUGUAUGUAUUCAGGGUGAAACACACCAUGUAUGUAUUCAGGGUGAAACACACCAUGUAUGUAUUCAGGGUGAAACACACCAUGUAUGUAUUCAGGGUGAAACACACCAUGUAUGUAUUCAGGGUGAAACACACCAUGUAUGUAUUCAGGGUGAAACACAGUUGAUGCAAAUCAUUGUCCCUGUGACAUUUUCCAGGUGUAUUUUCCUUUCUACAGAAGUUAGGAGUUGUCUGCUGGUUGGCCAACUGACUCAGUUCGAACAGGUGGAACUUCCUCUCUUCUUCUUUAAUAAACCAGCGUUUUGUUUACUGGGAACCAGUAUACUGUGUAAUGGGGUUAAUCCUAACCUACAGCUAUGUUGGUAAGAGAUAUACAUGAAGCUAACAUUAUUUGUAGUUUUUGUUUGUUUGUGUAAUUUCAGGAUUUUCAUACGCUAAUGGUUUUGUUUCUAUGGGCAUUUGUUUGUCUACUUGAGGAUGCGUUUCCUUUUUGUAAACCCAGUUUGGUCGACCAGAGCCUUGACAACUUGACCGAUAAAUAUGUUCAAAGUGUAUUAGAGAGAUAAUAUGAUGUCAUUUUUUGGGGGGUUUGUUUGUGUUUUAAUAUAAAGCGUUGUGAUACUCUACAACAGGAAGAAACCCCUUUAUCUCCUCAUCCUUUAUCAAUGGGACACCUCGGCCACGGGCAGAGGGGUGUGUUGGGGAUUUUUGUGAAGAUAGAUAAUGGCACCCUAUUCCCUAUGCACUACUUUUGAUAAUCAGUGUUAUAAGGCUCUACCACUAGCCAGCCACACUGCUGGAAUAAAUAUAGUCUUGGAGGACUGGACUGUAAACUUCAAUCACUCAAGACAAGCCAUCCUGUGUGAGAGUGGUUGUACCUACACACACACACUGCACUCCCCUCCCCAUGAGUUUGGUAGUACAGAAAUACAAUGUGGUUGUAUCGCCCCCUGGUGGUUGAAUUAAGUAAGUGCGGUGGAGGAGCAGUGUUGAGUGAAUGAGUUGUGUGUGUGUGUAUAUGAUAGAGGAGAUUUGUUGGAGACUUGAGGAUGUGAAAGGUUUCAUCUCUGUUUAAUGCUGGAUCAAACUUUCCUUUUUCUCCUAUAUAUUUUUUUCUUCAUAUGGUUAUAAUUAUUUUCACCAAAUGUUGUUUUAUUUAUGAUCCUCUGUGUAGUUAUUAUUUCAUGUUAUGGAUAUUUACGAUUAUUUUAUUGUGUUUCUGCUUAUUUAAUUUUGUACUAGUUACAUAAUAUACUUCAGUAGUUAUCAGAUAUUGGCCUAACAAUUUUUUUUUUAUACAGGUUUAUAUGAAAACACUUUCAGGGUACCAAGCUAACACUAUGAAGUCAAAAAUGAUGGGUGCGUUCCAGGCUGACUACAUUUCAGUCGUUGCAUAGCCGAUGUCUAUCCAGGCAUUGUGAGAUCUGGCAGGCAUCUGUAAUUUAGUCCGUCUGGAACGCGGCCAUUGACUGAUGUCUAGCUUGCCUUGUCUUUUGCAUUUCUCCACUCUACAUGACAUUGUGGUUUACUGUGUAAAUGAUUCUGUUUUUUUUUCUACCUUGUGUUUUUCUGUUUGUAUUUGGACUGUUACGAUGGAAUAGAGGAUCUUUUUAUUACUGAGUUAGUUGUGUUAAAAGAGAAAGUGACAAAGUUAAUAAAAGAUUGCCUAAAAGGUGACGAGGGACACUG